AUGGAUCAAUAUGAGGAUGUUAGUGAACGUGAACAACGUUUCCAUCAGUUCAUCCGUCAACAUAUUAUCUGUAUGCUAUUGUUUAUAUGUUUAUAUUUAAUUUCGUACUCGAUCAUUCGUAUAUUGAAAGAACGAAGCGAUAAUGAUGAAUUGUACGCUGGCGGCGAGGAUUUUUUUGUGUUUCGUGUUUCUUUAUGGAUGUGUACAUGGUCUUUGGCAGUAUCGAUGGGAGCUGCCACAUUAUUGCCGUUUUCUGUGAUUGGAUCUGAAAUAAUACAAGCUUAUCCCGACAGUUAUUAUUUCCAGUGGUUGAACUGGCCUCUGAUACACUCACUUUGGAACUAUAUUUUUGCUUUAAGCAAUCUGUCGCUGUUUAUACUUCUUCCAUUUGCUUAUUUUUUUAUUGAAUCUCAAGGAUUCAAAGGCCAUGGAAAGGGCAUAAUGACUCGAGUGUAUGAAACUGUUGCGGUCUGUAUACUUCUUAUUAUCGUUUUAAUAUGCUUAGCAGACGUUGUAUACUCUCUUUUCCUUACAGAAAGCGAUUCAAUUUCAUUGUCUAUACUCACUUUCACAUCUGUCAAUUUGCCAUUUCUAUAUUCGUGUGUUUCCUUGCUUGGUGUACUGACGUUGCUGAUCACAACUCCCAUAGGAUUAGCAAGAAUGUUCUCAGUAGUAUCGAACCAUUUGCUUGCAACAGAACAUCAAAAAAUUAUCGAUCCGUUAGAGGAAGCGAUAUUUCGACUGGAAUACCAAACUCUUAAAAGACGAUUGCGACGAAACAACCUUGGAGAUGUAUCACUUCCAGAUCCAUUUCUUCCACAGAAGCCUCUUCGUGGCUAUCAAGUUGUAUUACAAACGGUGAAAUAUGUAUUUGCGAUCGUUGUCUUGCUUCUUCUAACUGCAAUUACUGUGCUUAUGGUAUUAAUCAAUACGCUGCAGUUGCUAUUUGGUUUUCGGGCAUUGCCUGUUUAUGCGCAAUACAUGGAAGUAAAUUCACGUCAUACAUUAGGCAUUUUUGGAGCUGUCAUAGAAGUCAUCAUAAUUUGGUAUAUAAUGAUUGCUGCAAUGAUUGGAGUUUAUUCAGUACCAUUGUUACGAAGAAUUCGACCACAGUUGCAUAAAACAUCUAUGACAUGCGUGAUUGCGAACUGUACCACUGUUCUAGUACUUAGUUCAGCUCUUCCAGUGCUUGCACGAACUCUUGGAAUUACGACAUUCGAUCUGGUCGGAGCGUACGGCAGUUUUAUGUGGUUAUCCAAUUUCACAUUAGUUUGGACGUAUAAUGUUGCGUUUGCUUUUGUGACGGUUUCUUGUUUAUUGAAUCAUUUCACUACGCCAGUUAGGAAUGAAAUUAUCCAAAGGAUUCGGGAUUUAUCUUAUCGAAUAAAAGCAAUUGAAAGUGUUGAAAAAAUGGAUUAG